CAGCGCAUGCAGGGACUCGUCCCUACGGCGGCGGAUGGCAACAUGGCGACAGAGUUCCACAAUCUGCAGGAGUUGCGGCACAGUGCAUCUCUGGCUAAUAAAGUCUUCAUCCAGAGAGACUACAGCGAAGGGACCACCUGCAGGUUUCAGACCAAGUUCCCCUCCGAGCUGGAGAGCAGGAUUGAGCGGACACUGUUUGAGGACACUGUGAAGACGCUGAAUAACUACUACGCAGAGGCAGAAAAGAUAGGAGGCCAGUCUUACCUGGAGGGGUGUCUGGCCUGCGCUACAGCGUAUCUUAUCUUCCUCUGCAUGGAGACACGCUAUGAGAAGGUAUUGAAGAAGAUUGCCAAGUACAUCCAGGAGCAGAAUGAGAAGAUCUAUGCUCCCAGGGGACUGCUCAUUACAGAUCCCAUAGAAAGGGGAAUGCGUGUCAUAGAGAUUUCCAUCUACGAAGACCGGGGCUCCAGCGGCUCCAGCUCAGGGAGCAGCUCUGUGUCCGGCAGCACUGCUCGAUGACUGGGUACCCCCUAACAACCAUGUCCCCCUGAUCACUCACAACCCCGCAGGGAGAACUUAGGAGAAUGAUGCUGCUCCUGUUCCAACACUUAACCCAUACACCCCAACGCUACGCUCACACAAAGCAUUCACAAGCUUUUAACAAAGAAAGGCAUGUUGCUUCUGACAUGCCAUCGUAGAGGUGUUCAAGCUUUUAAAGCACACACUGUAGUUUGUUGCAAAGCGAUGUGCAUGUGCCGACACAGUCAUGUUACUGUAGGAUGCAAUGUCUUUGUGAACAGAAAGCCUUUUCCUUUUGCUGGUAAUACUUUGUGUGAUCGUACCAUUACCAUCCUGUUUGUCCUCACGUGUUUUCUGCCGGGUGAGAAAUGGGAUGUGAGAAGAAGGAGGAAAGAAGUGUUGAGGCAGGAGUGAAGACCCAAAGCCUCACCUAACCUCAUACCUCAGCCACCACCGCUGAACCACACCGGACCAAACUGGACUGAAGUCAUCGCCAUCAACCCUGUACACCAGACACUGGCUUUAAAAUAUGUGCUCUGUAGCUCCGGAUGAGUUUCCAGGAUAUAUCGGAUGUAGGUAGGAUGUGUUUGAAGGCAUCACAAAGUUUCACCCACGCACAGCCCAGAUAAACUGUACAAAAGAACCUCCUUCACCUCUGAUGUGAAUCAUGCUGUCUGGUAGCAGAUGAAUGUCAUUCAGCCCGUCCAUGUAUUUUAUGUAGCAGAACUUCGUUAUUUCUCACAUGAAGCCUAUAUUUUAUUUGUUAGACACACAAACAGACACACGCACAAACCUAAGUACUAACCUCUUGGUUUCAAUGAAAGAGACCAACUCUUCCUAAAUUUUGAUUAUGCAAAGACAUACUGUACAUUAACUGCAGUACUAAGGAGAAAAAGGAUGGGUCAAAAAGUCUUCCUGAAUCUUACAUGUAGGGUUUUAAAGUACACCAACCCGUCCGUGAUUUCUGAACAAACUUCCAAAGAACAAUAACUGCCAAAAACUGGCUCGCAAAUGUGAAUGUGUCUUUUAUUUUGGUGACAUUUUUGUGCAAGAACAAACUUUCGUACUGCUUGUUGUUUGAUACAUGUGGCAAUGAGGUAUCUAUGACUGGUGUCAAAUAAAUACCGUUUCA